AUGGAAUUUCUGAUAUUCAUUGGCAUCACUGGCCAUGGUUGUGGUGCUGUAAAGUGGAAGGACAUAGAGAAGCGGUUCAACCGGCUUGCCUUAAUCAGGAACAGCCACGAACCAGUUGUGAAAUGGUCAGAUUUUGGUUUUUGUAUAGGUGUGAUAGAAACAUGGAUGGGAAAAUUACGGAGAUGGAUAUUAAGCAGAACUUUGAUGUUCAUGGUCAUACGUUCAAAUAUAGCCACUACAGAUGUGGCAACAGGCAUUGUCAUGGUAAUACUAAUGGCUAUGGCAUUUUCACUAGCAGCAAAGUGGCCAAGCCGCCGUUCGCCUUCACUCCCUAGUUUAGUCCAGCGUGUCACUGGGUAUAAUACCUUUUGCUACUCCCACCACUUGUUCAUUCUUGUGUAUGCUUUGCUCGUUAUCCAUUCUAUGUUCCUCUUCCUAACAGACAACACAAUUGAGAAAACAGCAAGUUUUUAUCCAGGAAAGGUUUUGUACCUAACAUUGCAGAAACCAGAAUCUCUUAGUUAUCGGAGUGGCAUGUACAUAUUCAUUCAAUGCCCUCAAAUUUCAUCAGUUGAAUGGCACCCAUUUUCCUUAACUUCAGGACCAGUAGAUGACUUCCAAAGAGUGCACAUAAGAACUCUUGGAGAGUGGAGCUAUCAAAUAUAUAGUCUUUACCAAGAGGCGACGUCAUAUGGGGUAAGGGAGCAUCCUAAAAUAUACAUAGAUGGACCUUAUGGAGCUGCCUCCCAAGACCAUAUCAAGUAUGAUAUAGUUCUUCUAAUUGGCCUGGGGAUAGGAGCUACACCUUUCAUUAGCAUCCUCAAAGACAUUGUUAAUUUUAUCCAAAAUGCUUGCUGCAAUAAUGUAAGAUCCUUGUCUUUACAAUCCUUCCUCUACGUUUGA